GAUGAUGGGUCCUUUGUGCCCUUGCCUACAUGAGCUUUUCAGCCAUGCCACGGAAGUAUUUUGGAAGAGUUGGCUGCUCUCUGUGGUUUUGAUUUCGUGGGCCGGAUCCUCAGUUGGAAUAAAACAGCAUAGCUCAAGUUACUUCUAUGGAAUUAUGCUCAUUUACACCAAUUGAAGAUCUGGCCUUUACUCAGCAGACAAACCAGUUUGAUGACCUGGUGAUUAAUCCAUCUAAAAGUUGAAUUAAUCAUUUUGUGGAACUAAUUGGCAAGCAUUUCUAUUUAAAUCCCAUUACCUAGCUUCCUGACACUAGGGACUUGCCUCUCUUUGAUCAAGAGAAACACAUCCUCCUCUCAACAUUUUCAGGAUUUAUUUUUCCAGAGUUUUUCACGCUCUUCAUGGCCUGUUAGUAGCUGGUUUACUGAGAUUUCACCUGCCUAUGGAGUGAAGUUCCCCUAAAAAUGUUCUGCUGUCUCAAACGCUCCUGAAUUGGAUAAACUAUGGGUGCAGAGCCACAAAAUGCUGUGAAACCUCUACAAGCAACUCUGCUGAACAAGGAUUUCUUCUGCAUAUGCCCUUGAGAAUUACAAAAAGGCACCAAGAAACACGGCUAGCUUUGAGAAUUUAAAGCUUUUAAAAUGAUGCUGAGAAUUAUAAUAAUUUUACUUAACAUCCUUUUAAGCAGCAGUUCUCUCUUCUGCUUCUCUUGGUUAAGAGUGGUAGAAAAUUAUAUUUAAAUAAGAGAACAAUGGUGGCAAACUUAUUUCAAGCAAUAUUAGUUACUAGGGGUAAAAUUAACUUGUGAUGAGGAGGGAUGUGCAAGGCCCUUUUUACUACCCUUUGUGCAUCCCCAACAUGCUGUGGAGUUGGUCUUCAGGCCAACCCAUGUGGGGCUGGUGAGGAAAGCCAGUUUGGAGUUAGGUUGGGUGAGGAUUCUGCAUCAGCUGGUUCCACAUGAGAGUACCUAAAGCUGCUAGCCAUAUUUUGCCAACAGAGUGAUCUGAAGUUAGACACCAGUGAGGACAGUUGGGGAAUUCCUGGUGAGUAGAGGAAAUGGCAGCUGUCCAGCUAAGGAGGAAAACGACCUACUGUGCUGUUCUGAGAGGGGUUGGAUCACUCCACUGUUCUCUGGGGAACUGUUAACCUGGCACUCUCGAUGUUAGUGAGACAACUUUGCUGCUAAACCAAGUGUGAGCUGGAAAAGGAUGAUGUAACCAAAUUCCUUUCUCAUUUAGGCCCUGAUCCAAAGGUCAUUGAAGUCAAUGCCUUUGCUUCAAACCAUAAUAUAAACACAUUCAUAGCUUUAUUUCCCCCACCCCCUUUAAAGAAGGACUGGACAUUUUUCUGUAAGAACUUGAUAUCUUCCUCUAGGGGAAAUCCAAGUUUGAGAGGAAACCCAGAGACAGGUUAUUUGGGCAGGAGAUGGGACAAUUUCCUGAAUUAAAAUCUUUGUGUUACACUCUUCUGAAAACCUCUUCAUGUAUAUUUAUUGUGAUAUUUCAGGGGCUGCAUGUAUGCUUCUCUGUGUGAGAGGUUUGUUACUAUCCUUUCUGCAAUAUUCAGGUACUUAUGUGUCUCCCGUCUCCGUAGCAUUAGCAAGCAUAGCAAGUGUAUGUGCUGCUAAAGAAAGAAAGGCUCAGCCCCAAUCAUCUUUCACUCCAGUUCCAGCAAAUACAAUAUAAAGAUCAAAGAUCAAACCUAUAGUGUGUGCAGGUAAUGCCAGAGAGGAGGUCAACUUUGGAAAGUUAUCGAAAAGAAAAGGGUUUUAUCGAGGAAUUUGAAGAAAGAGAGAGAGGCUUCUUCACUUAUAGGAAGAAAAACUGUUCCAAAUAUAGGGACCAAUUUCUGUGUCUAGAUGGAGUAUUACUUGAAAUUAUUUCUGCAAAUAUUUUGAAUGAUUUCUACAAACACAAAUAGUCUCCCACCAGGGGAAUUCUAAACUGACCACCUAUGUUCACAUAUUAGCUCCUUCACUCUGUCUGAACAGUGCAAAGUAGCCAAUCAGGAGAAAAGAAUCUGACCCAAUAUCUUUGAUUGGAUGGCUGAGUCAUAACGAGCCAGAGAGCAUUUUGGUAGAGAUAUUCCAUUUAACAGACCUUUUGGUGAUCUAUGCAACAUGAGUUGUUGGACAACCUGGUUCUAAGUGGCCAGGUAUCAGAGUGACUAAACUUAUUACAACUAGCACCCCUGUUGGAUAUCUCCGCAAAGAAGCCAAUGAACAGGCAUGGGACAUCUCUAAGGUAAUGUCUUCAUCCCAGGCUGGAAGUGCAUUGACAGGGUAGUGUGGGGAAGGCUGCCCCAUCUUUCAAGGGCUGUCCAUUGAGUUCUAAAUUAUAAUUUCAGGCUCCUAAAUGUUUGCGGGAUUGUGAAAUAACUUCAUGUACAAAGAAUGAUAGAGUAAACAUAAUGUCAGGCUUGUGCCGAGCUAAAAUACGGACCAACAGGAAAGCUGAAACAAGAUCGUCAUUGUUUUUCUCCUGUCUAGGAGACAUUUAUGGCUAAAUCAAGCAUGUAUUUUUUUAAAUUAAUCAAUGUAUAUUGAUCUCCUGGAUUUCCCCUUUUGAACAAUUUGUCAUUCAACUAACCUGCUCUGGUAAAAUGUGCCAUACAGUGGAAGCUUGGGAAUUUCCUUGUGUGUCAUGUUUCACAUUGUUUGUGUUUAGCCGACUGGUAUAAGUAGGUAGUAGCAGUGCAGGGCAUCAACACCGAACAGUGUGGUUGGGAGACUGAUACAGUGGAUCUGUGAACAUAUAAAGGUGCAUGUUUCUAAGAUCAUCUAGACAGUAGACACCUGUUGCCUGUUGAAGCAAUUGGAAUGGCUUUCAAAUAUACCAGAAAUUCCACAGGAAAUCAAGGCACAUUUUUUCAGGAUGAUGAAGUCUGCAAGCACGGUGACUUUAUCAAAUCCCCACCACCUCAGCUUUUCACUACACAGAGUUCUUGGAAAAAGCGAUGUUUCACCUUGUGCAAGUCUAGCGAGAGAUGCUACACCUUGAAGUACCUUAAAGGUCAACAGAUAAAGGGUUUCAUUGCAAUUGACCAGAUUUCAAAUAUUGAGAUUGGCAUAAGUAAUUAUGAGAAGAUGACAGCAGUAAGGAAGAUGUUCAAAUGCCAUCCUGAGGAAGUGCUAUCCAUCAACACAGAGAGCAGGGAAUACUACCUCAUUGGGAAGGACAGGGAACAAGUUGAGGACUGGUUCACUUCCCUAUCUUCAGUCCGCAUGAAGGUAAAAGAAGAUGGACGCUUUGCUCAGAACCAGAAUCCUGAGGCUCAGAGAAGCAAAGGUCGGUCCCUCUCUUCGCCACCAGCCUUCGAUGAUACAGUUAUGAGCACCUAUGAGGAGAUUCCGAGUGACUGCGGUGAAGUGGAAGAUCUCGCAGACGACAAGAAAAGGCCUCACUCAGAUCCCGGCUCUCGGGGUCUCCCUGAACAGCAGCCUCGCCACAGUUCACCAACACGUCUUCUUCCAAGUCUGAAUAACAAUUCUGAAAAGACCAGCAUAAAUCAGCUGCUGUUGGACUCAGAUGAGAACACCAGAGCAGAAGAGGAAGACUAUUAUGCUUCUCCAAGCAGCAUUCUAGCACAGCUGGAAAGUGAGCUAUCUAAGUCUGAUCCCCCGGUUCAAUCACACAACCCAAUGGAGAAUGAGGAUCAUCUCUGCAGGAAGUUGUAUGUGUCAAUGAAACCUCUGCUGCCUGAAGAGAAACUCCAGCCCACAUGCAGAAGUGAUGAAUUCCUGACCCUUCCCAGAAGUCAAGAAAAUAGCAUAGAUUUAAGAAACUGCGAGGCAGAUGGAAACCAACAACAGCUCACGCAAAGCAGUACCAAUAAGCAGCUAACCCAGGAGAGAAAGCCAAAUGUAUCGUCAUUAUCAGUGGUUCAGUUAUCUAUAAUAAUCAAUAAUGUCACAGAUGACAGCCAACUACAAGAGGUGGAUAUUUGCAUCCCUCAUGCUGAUGUCACCAGUAAUCUAACACUUAUUGAAGCAGCAGGACAAAUAUGUGUCUCGCAUUGGAAGGGUCCCUACCGCUUAGGCUGUAUAUUUCACCACGGGGAUCACAUAGUGGCUGUGAAUGACCUGCGCACACAAAGCAUUGAUGAGGUUUCCUUGUUUGUCAGCAGGUCCAGGAGAAAGGAGGUGAAACUUACUGUCCGUCGGAUCCCAGAUUCAGACAUUUUCCAUAUUAAAGGAUGCUCAUGUUCCUAGAUAAGUGGUUGCCAUGUGCAUAUUCCUGAAGAUGGAAGGAUCAUGAUUUAAUAUUUCUAUUCCAUUUGCACUCAGAUGCCUCAUUGUGUUGUGCUCCGUAUAAACACAUAGGGAGAUAUGGGUCCUAUUUGGAAGGCAUCAACUGUGACACUGAAGGUAGAAGGAAAAGGACAACAUCUACCUGAAGAACUUCCAUUCAUUCAAAGUGGUUCUGGGGCCACUUCUCUUUAAAUUGUCUUUUUUGACCAAGAUCAGUGGUGCCGCAACAAUGCCGUUACUUGAUCGGAGGACUGUUUUUUUUUCAUGGCUAAGAUGGCUUUGGAUGUGAUCACUUUCUACCAAAUUGGGAUUGGAGUCUUCUCUGGUUUUGCAGAUAAAUCAGCCUUCAGGACAAUCUUCCAGCCUUGAUAAUGGUCACAUGUCACUGAAUUGCAGUACAAAGAAUUAACUUCCUUUCCUCAGUUAGGGAGGAAUAAAGGAGGUAGAAAUGGGGUUGGAAGUAAUUUCCUGCCAUUUCCUGGAGCAAAUGUUCAUGAAGCGAGGCAUUAAUGGGUAUAUAAUCUGUCUGUAGUUGUCAUUGGAAAAACACUACUGCAGAGAAGUUUGCAUACAUCCACUGAAGCAGAAAAUGAACCAUGCACUCUCUCUCUCUGUUACAGCUCUCACUAUUAUGGCAAUAGUGUUGUUUCUAUGGCAACAUGAAGUUUUGGUAGAUUUGUCUAGCACUGCAUGUUCAUCUGUAUUUCAGAAAAUAUGGAAUUUAUUUCCCACUUUUGCAAGUCAGAACCAAGGUGCUACCAAGUGAUUGUCAGUUGCUGCUUGCUUUUAUGUCAGAUUGUAUAUACUGUAGAUGUGCAUUACAGUGAAAGUUACAUGAUGUGAUUUUAUUUGUGAUGCAGAUGUAUUCCAUCUAUGAAACACAGAGGUGAGAGCCAUGUGAUGAAUUAGAGGGACAUGGGCUAUGUUCCACAGGGAUGUGAUGCAAUUUAACACAUUCCUAUGACUGCAUCAUUUGCCCAAAAUUAUCGUAGCGGAACUCGCUCUAACAUUGCAUUCUGGGGUUUCAGACACCUCCCCCCUUUAAACAAAAAUGGACUUGCCACAGAAGUAUUGCUUUCUUCCCCCCACAUAUAUCAUUUCCCAGAAUUACACCUGCCCAAUGCCCUGGAUGGGCAAUAUAAACCCAGGUCCGAUAACAACUUUUCUAGACCUACAAGCAUCAUGGCUUAAAUAUUCAAUAUCUCAUGGCCCUUCUGGGAACAGCAGCAUUAUACUAAUGGGAAUGGGAGAUACUCACCCACCUCCCAUUAUGACCCAACACUCCCUUCUAGCAAUGGAAGGCCCAAAGGCAAUGACUUUAGACUUGUGCUAUUCUUAGGUCUAGAUGUAUUAAUUUUAGAUCACUUUUAGGUUAAUUUUAAAGUUGUCUGAGCUGUGCACAGCUGAACCACUGCCCUUCUCUUUUUAUCUAAGAGGUGUUAUAUAAAAUAUAAUAUGUUGUAUGAA